AGGCUUAAGGCCCAAGCUUGAGCGCAGCGCGAAGCCGAGCCGAGGCGCGAUCGGCGCGAUGUCGGGCCUCCCGGAGGAGAUGAAGCAGCUGGCCGGCUUCCGGCGGGGCGUGCCCUUGCAGAACAACCACAGGGGUGCCACACUGGAAAACUCGGAGUACCUGGCGGUGAAGGAAAACGUGCAGCCAGUGGAGCUGGAGAAUUUGAAGAGGGUCUUUAAAUGGCUGGACACCAAGAAGGAUGACAAGAUUUGCUGGCAGGAGCUGUCAGAAGCCUUGACGAAGCUUAGCGCCAAGACCCCGAAAGAUCAGAUCGAGCUGUGGAUAUGGGAGGUCGACGACGACCUUGACGGCAUGGUAGGAUGGGAUGAGUUCCUGACGAUGUAUCAGCGGUGCAUUUCUGACCAGACUGGUUUUGAGCCCCGCAAUCUCUUCAACUUGGUGCAGUUCUUGAUGUACGACAAGGACUUCCACCACAAAAUCAGCGUCGAGCAGACACUGCAGAUCAUCUACGUCCGGCACGGCAGAAGCAACCUGGACGACGAGAUCACAGAGAUUUUCGGCACACAGCAAAAAGGUUCGGACGGCCAAGAGUUGAAGAUCACAUUCUCCCAAUUCUUCGAGAACGCGAACAAGCGGCUCAAAGCUUUGCGGGAGAAGAAGAAAGAGGUGACAAAGGUGCCAAUCGCGACCAGACCGCGGAAGUGAAUUCACCUGUUUCACCCAGUGUCGUUGCAGGGAGUGGAUCAGAUUCCGCAAUGCAUGUGAGCA